AUGGAUAAGACGUGGAUUUCCAAAGAAAUGGAUUCUUUAUCUUUAUAUUAUGAAAUUGGGGUAGAAGAGUUCUUAAUAUAUGCUCAAGAGAAUUCAAAAGAUCCCAAGAGAAUACCCUGCCCAUGUGCACGAGGUGCCAACUUCAAACAGUUUUCUGUAAAAAUUAUAAGGGGACAUAUCUACGAAAAUGGUUUUAGUUUAGGGUAUGUCAAUUGGAUUUGGCACGGGGAAAAUGAUAUUGGGACGACUAGGUCAUCCGUUGGUAGUACACCUCUGCCUACUUUAGUUCCGAAUUUUGACACAAACAUUGAUGUUGAUAUAUCGGAAACGGUUAAUGUCUGUGAAGCAGCAUAUAAGUCAUAUGAUUACGAUAAUGAAUCUUUUAAGUUUAGGGGGUUUGUGGCCGAUGCCCAACAACCAUUGUUUGAGGGCAAUGACUACACCAAACUAGAGUCCAUGCUAAAAUUACAUAACUGGAAAGCUAGAUUUGGAAUUAGCGACACUGCAUUUACUGAUUUGCUAUCUUCCAUUGGGUCUUUUCUUCCUAAAGAUAACGUGAUGCCUGCUAAUUCAUAUGAAGCAAAAAAAAUUCUGUCCAACUUAGGCCUCGAAUACAUCAAAUUUCAUUCUUGUCCGAAUGAUUGCAUACUAUAUAGGGGUAUAUAUGCUGAUGAAUCUGAGUGUCCUAAGUGUCAUCUAUCUCGGUGGAAGGUGGGAAAAGAUGGUAAAGUUAGGGUAAAUAUUCCCGCCAAAGUUAUGUGGUAUUUUCCAAUUAUUCCUAGAUUUAGACGGAUGUUUAAAUCUGCUACUACCGCUGAACUGAUGAGUUGGCAUGCAAAUCAGCGACAAAAAGAUGGUAAGAUGAGGCAUCCUGCCGACUCUCCUUCUUGGAGGAAUAUAGAUUAUAGGUGGCCUGGUUUUGGUAAUGAACCAAGAAAUUUGCGUUUAGCUCUGGCAGCGGAUGGUAUAAACCCCCACAAUAAUGGUCUAGUCAAUAGGUAUACUUGUUGGCCAGUAGUAUUGGUAAUUUAUAAUCUUCCUCCAUGGUUAUGCAUGAAAUGGAAGUUUAUGAUGUUAACAAUAUUAGUCUCUGGUCCACAUGAACCUGGUAAUAACCUUGAUAUUUAUUCACAACCGAUGAUUGAUGAUUUAAAGAAGCUUUGGGAAGAUGGGGAACCAAAUGUAUAUUACGCAUUCAGUAAAUCUUAUUUCACAUUGAAAACAAUUUUAAUGUGGACAAUAAAUGACUUCCCUGCUUAUGGAAACUUAUCUGGAUGCGUUAACAAGGGUUAUUUCUGUUGUCAAAUUUGUGGUGAUGAUACGGUUGCUAAAUAUUUGGGUCAUAGUAGGAAAAUGAGCUACCAAGGCCAUCGACGAUAUUUGGGUAAGUUUCAUCCUUAUCGGAGACAAAAGGCAGCUUUUAAUGGUCAACAAGAUUUUUCAGAUGCACGUCCACCCCUUUCUGGACAAGAAGUGUUAGCACAGCAGGAGGCAAUUGAGUUCUCAUUCGGGAAGGAAGUGAAAAAGUCCAAAAAAGUUCAAAGUCCAUGGAAGAAGAAGUCAAUCUUCUUUGAAUUAGAAUAUUGGAAGUUUCACCAUGUUCGUCAUUGUCUUUGA